AUGUCUUCCAACGACGAAAAAAUGUUGCCUGGUGCGUCAUCUUCGCAGCACCGUAAAGGGACGAGUGCUUUCUUGCCAAGUUCUGGUUCAGCUUCACCCGUAACUUCAUCUUUAGCCGACGAUGCUGGAGGAGGAGGAUUAGGGUCAUUUUCUGGCCCUGAUGGGUUGAGGAAGGGCAAAGACUUGGGUCUUCGCUCAAGCAGGAGUGGCAUUGUCAACUCGUGUAUCAAGAAAGCUGCGAAUGCCGCGUUUAAGAUAGACGAUUUUGGAGCAACGUCGUCCUCUAGCACAGGAGCGACAAUAAUAGGAAGGCGGAACAACGAGGAACAUCUAGAAGACGGUGUUGAAGAUAAAUGCUCUUUUUAAGGUCAACAUCUAGUGUCCAUCUUUCUCGGUUCUUUCGUGCCCGCCUUUUCCCUAAUAUUCUCAUCAAAUACAAGGUAAAAAGGAGCCAAGAUGAGGGGACCGAGAUGCAUCCUAGCGCGCGCUAAUCUUUACAACGACCAGGAGGGGGCGCAUUCGACGAGAAGGCGCCUGGGUCUGCGUCUGCCUCAUCUUCGCAUCAACUAGUAACCUCAGUGAACCCUGUGGCUCCACUAUCGCACAGUCGUCCUUCGCCUACUUCUCGUCCUAAUAAACCUAGCUUAGAGCGACGCCUGUCCGAUCUAGCCUUUUUCAUGACUGUGGCUUUUAGUCAUCCACCAGUAACCGGAUUACUGCUUGUCAGUCUUACUGCGAUAGCAAUAGGAUUGCAGAUUCUACGCAAAGAGUCCCAUCCCGAACACAUUUUCCCAUAUUGCUUCGUACUGGUCGGGUUUUGUGUAUGGUUCUGGUAUUUGGUAACCUGAAUUUGAUCACAAGGGUUCUCUUCUUGUUUUCCCUUAUGAUCAAACUCUGGUUACCAAAUACCGGAGCCAUUCACUUUGUGGUAUGUCAUUGUGGUACAAGGGAGUUCGAGCGACGGUGUUACACCAGAAAGGUGAGAAAAACAGGGAUGGGGAAUAGAUUGGAGACGGCUGGAUUAUCAUAAACACCUAUGAUACAGUUACCUCCGAUUCACAACACGUACAAAGAAGAUCACCGCGUUUAUCUCGCUUCCUUCGAG